AUGAGCUCCCGAUACUUGAAGCGUUUGGAACGCCAACGGCAAGAGGAGCUGCCCACUCCCCAAGUCGAAUCGGAGGAUGAAUCCGUACCGGUGGCUGAACCCAAGUUCAACGCAUUUGCCUUACUUAACGAAGGCGAUGACGAUGAUGACGAUGACGAUGACGAUGACGACGAUGACGUCAAAGAAGACACCAAACCGUCACCUGCUCCCGUCAAACUGCCUCAACGUCUGCAACUGCCCAAUGUGUCUACAGCCUCCAAAAAGCUGAAGAAGAAGAAGCUGAAGAAGAAGGCUAAGCCGGUGGUGGUGUCUGAUUCUGAAGAAUCAUCUGACGGCGAGUUUGAUCGUAUCCUUGCUGAAGCCCGCAAACAGAACCUUGCCAGUGCUACGGCAACUCCUGAACCUCUGGCGGCCGCGGAAGACGAUGGCGCUGACGAAUUCGAAUAUGAGGAAGAGUACGACGCCACUGAUGAACCAGUGGCUGAGUAUGAUUCCAACUUCAAAUAUUUCACGACAUCGAGAGUCAAACAGCUGAUCCCCAUUCUCAACUUACUGCUGGUUAAAGAUCUCGACCCGGACCAUGAACUUCGCAAUCUUUUCGGCAAUUUAUCCCUUGAAAGUAUUGAAGAUGCUAAUACCACCACGUCGCUUCUGACUCCUCCUGAAGUGCUUGCCCAAUUUAAGAGGCUCGCCAGAUUAACUCGAGGAUGGUGUGGUAAGGAUCGUCGUGGUGUACCUGGUACUACCCGUAAGCUUUUACUUUCCAAGAUCCGUGACGAUUGGUUACCCACGGCCCAAAAGCCAAUGCAAAUGGAGGAAAUCCCGAAGAAUAGAGUGACGGAUUACUACGAGUACAAGGAAGAUACUGCCGAGCUUGAAGAGUUGGAAUACCGCAUAAACCGCGAAUAUAAAAUGGGUGUUCGAUGGUUCCGAUUCGAUAAGCUCAUGACCAUUCCUGAACGAGUGGCCAAUACCCGCUUCUACGCAUCGGUGGUGAUGACACCUGACCCCGAUCUGUUGAUGCAACUUCUUCAAAGUCACCCAUACCAUGCGGAAACCCUUCUUCAAGUGGCCAUGGUGUUGCUCAGACAGGGUGGCGACAAGUCGGUAAGUUACGCCCUCAUCGAGCGGUGCAUGUUUGUGUUUGACCGGUCGUUCUCUAAGCAUUUCCACGAGUUGUUACAGGCAGGCAAAACUGGUCUCAUUCGUCUCCCGUACGAGCUGUUUAUGCUGAGGCAGUUUUACCUCUGUUUGUUCCGCAAUAUCGUUGCGUUGGGUGAGCGGCUGACAUUUUCCACCUCAUUGGCCUUCUGCAAGUUCCUCCUUGCUCUUUCUCCGGCAGAGGAUCCUGUAGGCGUACGUUACUUCAUUGACCAUUACGCCAUCAUGGCUCAAGAAUACAAAUGGCUCGUUCGCUUCUGUGAUCUGCCAUUAGUGACUACCUACAAACGAUGGAAUACUCCUGGGAUUGCGUACUCGGUAGUGGUGGCGUAUUUGAAGUUAGGCGAGAAGAAGCUGGCGCUCGAAGCUCUCGACCGCGCUUACCAUGCCCACCCUUACACAGCUAUUUGUCUCUUACAACAGAUCGGUGUGCCUGAUGCUGGUGCUGGCUACAACGCCACUGUCGAAGAAAAGGUGUCGACAGAAACUUACCUUGUGCGAGCACUGGCGGUGUGGGAAGAAGCCGAACAUCAAGAGUUCUUGCGCAAGAACUUGCUUCAAUUAUUCAAAUAUGAUCCGCCGCAACUGCAACCGGGUGCUAAACGUCUGAUUACACAGUCAGUAUUUGAUAUGCUUGGUAUGGGCUCAAACGAAGACAUCGACAAUGCGUUACCUUACAAUUUGAUCAGAUUUGCUAUCCUCUCGGGUGAGGCUAAAAUCAUGGCUAAGUUACCUCAGGAAGUAUUUGGUCGUGACGACGUGUUGGAAUACGAUGUCCUUCCUCCUGAACUUGCUCCCGACGACUAUGAUGUUCACACGGGUUCAAUCAAGUCGCGUCUAGUCGACCGCCUUCUUGAUUAUGUGGACCAGGGUCUUUUGGGAACCAUAAUUCAACAGCGGACCCAAGAUACUGAUUUCGAAGAGAUGAUUCGUAACAUUGAGGGGAUUGAAGUCGAGUCUGAACAUGAAGAGUGA